AUGCCUGCACCAUUCCUGUGUAGAGACCUGGUCUUUACUUCCAGGGAUGAUCCUGACAGCUGUCAGUUGGCUUUCGCCUUGGCUGCGGAAGGUUGGCCGGAAGAUGACCCCGAUGACGCAAGUCGAGCAUUCCCAGUUGGAAGCAGCUUCAACCAUACGCGCCAGAAGCUGCGACCCACGCGCACCAUCGUUCGACGCAAUACCGUCGUGAUGCUUGGCUGCAUGAAGGGCUGGCAGGUGGAUAACCGACUGCGGCAUAGUGGAGUUCUGAUGUGCGGCUGGAUUGGACUCCUGUUUCUGAGUGAUAUGGUGGAGUGGCAGCACUUGGGCCACGAACUGGGCCCAGAUGCACGUGCUGAGGCAAAAGCUGGCCAGGUUGUCAUUGUUUCCAUCGAUUUCCAUUGCAUAUUGGCAGCGAAACUCACCAAUAGUGUGGUUUCCUCAAAGCUCAAAGCAGCUGCCGAAGCGACCCUCGCGAUUGAUGGACAGGCCUUGAUAGAGUUCGUGGACCCGGAAGGGAAGUCUGCGGGCCCACAACUGGAUGUGCCUUUGGGUACUUCGAAGGAACAGCUGGGCACGCUCUUGAAUCAGCUGCUCGAGAAUGCAGAAGAGAUGCCAUACAGUUUCCACCUGGAGGAGUCGGAGAUCACCACGAAUCUGGCGGCCUCGUUUAACAAGCUGGCCAAAGGCCAGCAGUCUACGGAGCGAGUCCUCAAGGUUGUUUACUAUCCCCUGGCAGUCUUCCGAGUGCGGCCCAUCACGCGCUGCACUUCAUCCCUCAGCGGGCACAUAGAGGCCGUUCUGUGCGUUGCUUUCUCUCCAGACUCUACGAAGCUGGCAAGUGGGUCCGGAGACUCUACUGUGAGGCUCUGGGACUUGAACACGGAGCUGCCCAAGCACACUUGCAAAGGUCAUCAGAACUGGGUCCUUGCAGUGGCCUGGUCACCGGAUGGAUCCAAGCUUGCUUCAGCUGGCAUGGACAAGAUCGUUCUGGUCUGGUGUGCUCAGUCCGGGAAAAACCUGGCAGCUUUGAAGCUUGGAGUUAUUUCUCUCAUCGAGCGCAACGCUGAAGACUUGAAGGGUCACACGCAGCCAGUCACUGGAGCUUGCUGGCAGCCACUGCACGUUGCAGAAAACUUCCCUUGGCUGGCUACCAGCUCGAAGGACACCACCGUGCGCUUGUGGGAUGUGAGUGUGGGCGUUUGCCUCCGGAGCUUGACCUCCCACUCUCAGCCUGUGAUGCAGGUAAGAUGGUCCGGAGAGCGCUCUGACAUCGGCGGCGUUGUGUAUACCGCUGGCCGGGACACGGUGAUCAAGGUCUGGAAUCCCAAGGAUGGCGGCAUGCUGAAUGAGCUGAAAGGUCACGGCCACUGGAUCAACACCCUUGCUCUGAACACGGACUACGCCAUACGGUCCGGCCCCUUCUCACACGAACCUCAGAAAUUUGCCGAUCUCUCGGCCAAGAAGGAGGCAGCCAAGAAAAGAUACACGGAAGCUGUGGAGCUAUGUGGCGGCGAGCGCUUGCUGUCAGGCUCCGAUGACUUCACGCUCUUUCUUUGGCGGCCAACCGUUUCAAAGACACCGGUAUGCCGGAUGACAGGGCACCAGAAGAUCGUGAACCAAGUCGCUUUCUCUCCAGAUGGCCGGUGGUUUGCUUCUGCCUCCUUUGACAAGUCGGUCAGACUCUGGGAUGGCCGAACGGGCAAAUAUGUCCACGCCUUUCGUGGCCAUGUAGGAGAUGUGUACCAGCUUGCAUGGUCCGCUGACAGCCGCCUUCUUGUCAGCGUGUCGAAAGACUCGACAGCAAAGUGCUGGGACAUCGGCCGGCGUAAGCUGCAAGAAGAUUUGCCAGGCCAUGCAGAUGAGGUUUAUGCUGUGGACUGGAGUUUGGAUGGGCAGCGGGUGGCCACCGGCGGAAAGGAUCGAGUGCUGAAGAUCUGGCGUCACUAG